AUGGAGUGCCUGGAAGUGACCAGUUUCCUUCCUACAGGGGUUGCCAGAGGCCAAAGGGACCAAUGCCAGGCUUCUGGGAGGUGGCUCCAAGAAGGAGGCCAAGAAUGUGAGUGCAAAAGACACCAAAGACACCACAGGAAGCCAACCAAGCCCUUCAGAGCCUGACAGCAAUUUCUCAGACAAUGUCAGCUGGCAAGCUUUGCUCUGCCUUUAUAG